AUGAAGCGUGAAAGGUCUCUCAGAGAAUUUAUUACAGAUCUCCGAGAAGCCAAAACAGCAGCUAAAGAGCGUUCAGUAGUUGAAAACGAAAAAGCGUUUAUAAGGCAGUCCUUGCAAAACCAAAAAACUCCUCCACCAGUGAUUGCUAGAUCAAUUGCGAAAUUAAUUAUGAUUGAUAUGCUUGACUAUAAUGUUGAUUUUGGUGGCUUUGAAUGCUUGAGAUUAACUACAUCAAAGAUUUUGACACAUAAAAGAAUUGGCUAUUUGGGUAUCAGCCAGUUGUCAGCCAGAAAUCAAGAUUUAUUGAUCCUCUCAACGAACACAAUACUUCAAGAUUUGCGAUCAAAUGAUCCGACUAUUAUCAUACUUGCUUUGGCUGGGCUUGCAAAUUUUGGCACAGCUGAUAUGUGUAGAGACCUUGAACCUGAUGUAGUUCGAUUGUUUAUAAUACAAAAAUGGCGUCACUCGAAUUUUCUGGUCUCCCGACCGAAAAUUCUCUUCCUCGAUUUUUUGAUUAUGAGGCUUGGCUUUCCCCAGCGAAUUUAUCCCGGCGAUGACAGGGCCUAAAGUGCCUGUGGUGUGCGACGCAGGACUCCUGUCCACUAGGGAAAUCGAAUUUUCUGGAAGGAUGCCACCAACCCCCAGGCGGUGGAGACUGGGACCUUUAGGGUGCCUGACGGACCCAAGUUGGUUUAGCCCGAGAGCCGGAAGGACGGCCGUCGAAAUCCAAACGCCCAAGCCGAUGGGACCAUUCAGCCUUGAAGCCAGGUGGUGCACGACAUUUUGGUGGAGCGGGGAAACCCAGAAGCAGGACGGAUACCCGUGCAGGGAGCGUGGCAUUGGACGUUAAGCGUGUAUUAAUAUUAAGUAAGUAAGUAGUUCGAUUGUUUAAAUCAUAGAACUCCUUUAGUGCAAAAGAAGGCUAUAAUUGUUGGCGCAUGCAUUUUAAGAAAAUGCCCAGAUCUAAUAGACGUAGUUUUAGCACCUAUAAAUGAAAUUUUAAUAGACCAGUGUGUUAGUGUCAUCAUUCAAAUGUUUUUGGAAGCUGUAAAAACAAAUAGUAAAUAUGUUGAAACCUUAGAAAAAUAUGUUGGGCUAUUAACAUCAAGGUUUUUCAAGAUAAAAAGUGAUGUUGUUCUUCAAACCAAUAUUUUGAAAUUUCUCAGCUAUUACCCUGCUGCGUUUUCGGCAGAGCUUGACAGUGCAUUAUAUAAAAUCUCAUUGAGCACUAUGAGCAAAAAGAAAGAUAAAUUAGGCCUUUAUUAUCAAUCUGCUAUAACUUUAUUAAAAUCACGCUCACAAGAGCUCAAGGCAGCUGGAAACUCAAUGGUAAGCUCUCUGCUGUCAAGUCGAGAGCCUAAUUUAAGAUUUGCAGCACUAAGAACCCUUCAUCAAAUUGCUGAUUUAAACCCAGAACUGAUUGAAAUCCAAGCCUUCACCAUUUCAGACUGCAUGAAGGACUCAAACGAAGAAAUCUGUCUAUCUGCCCUUGACUUAUCCUUUAAACUGCUCACUUCUUCUAAUAUCACGGAAAUCCUCAAAAUUUAUCUAAAUUUCUUACUGACAAAUGAAAAACUUCAAUCGAGAAUUGUCAGGAAAAUCGGAAUGGCACUAUGCCUAUUCCCGUUAGAGCCGAAUUGAUAUUUAGAUACGGUGAUAAAAGUGUGCAUUUUAAGCAAAGAAGUCCCAGAUGACAUGAUUAAUUCUUGCAUUGAAAUGAUAAGAAGCACUCAAACCAUACAGGCUUAUGCUUCACAGAAACUUUGCUAUGCGUUGCAGGCUGGGCAUAGGCAGCAGUCUUUGCUGAUGCUGUCGCUAUGGUGUGUUGGAGAAUAUUGUGAAAUGCUUGAAGAGACUCCUCAAGCCAUUACUGAGCUGUUUGAAAAUUUACUUACUUAACUUAACUUAAUUAUCUGGUGUUUAAGGUGUCUAAUGCGCAGCCCAAAAAGGACCUAUGGCAAAUCUAGUGACGUAGGCGAGCCAUCUUGGAACAGGUCAGCUCUGGCCAAGCCUUUUAUCAACUCCUGCUUCACCAGCCUUGCUGCACGUCUCACCCGGCGCGAUGCCGUCGCCCUUGUGUCUCGACUCAGCUCCUGAGCGUGCUCCGCCUAAGGGUCAUCUUCCCGUGGAGAUGUGUUGAGAGGUAAAAGCCCGAAAUCUUGAGAGGACUGAGGAGCAGUUCCUCUGGUUAUCCCUAGAGUUAAAUCGCUAUUGCUGUCCAGAAGUUCUCGAGUGAAAACCUAAUCCUAUAAAUAAAAUUCCAUGAGGGAGAGAAAAAUUAGCAAAAGCUAAUUUCUCUCGAACCGAAUGCCAUUUUAUUUAUGCCGAAUGCCAUUUUAUUUAUACCGAAUGCCAUUUUAUUUAUGUUUGAAAAUUUACAGUCAGAGAAUUUGCCGAAUUUGUGUAAGCUUUAUUUUGUGAAUGCUAUUUUUAAGGUUGGAAUGAAAAUUGCAGACGUUAAAGAAGCGGCGAUAUUUAUUUUGCAUCAACUGUCGUUUGAUAGUGAUGUAGAAGCACAGCAGAGAGCAUGCGAGUAUUUAGUGCUGCUCAGAGAUUAUUCAGAAAAUCUUAGGAAAGUAGCGGAUAGUAUCCCAUCAAUUGCAAAUACUUAA